ACCUCCGAGCACCGAAGAAGAGAGAGAGAGAGAGAGCGCUCGCUCGCCUGUAAUCGAAAGAAGCGAGAUGGAUGCCUUCGGAGGAUUCUUCGUGGACGAGAAGGCGGUGCGGGUGGAGAAUAUCUUCCUUGAGUUUCUCAAGAGAUUCAAGCUUGAUACCAACGCGGUGGAUCCCUAUUAUGAGGCGGAGAUUGAGGCCAUGCGCCACAAGGAAUCGACCACAAUGUACGUGGAUUUCUCCCAUGUCAUGCGCUUCAACGAUGUCCUUCAGAAAGCUAUCUCAGAGGAAUACCUCAGAUUCGAGCCCUAUCUAAGAAAUGCUUGUAAGAGAUUCGUAACGGAGCAUAAAUCGAGCGAGAAUAGACAACCCAUCAUAACUGAUGACAAUCCUAAUCGUGAUAUAAAUGUUGCUUUCUACAACAUUCCGCUGUUAAAGAGGUUAAGGGAACUGACGACGUCAGAGAUUGGGAGGUUGACUUCUGUAAUGGGAGUCGUAACUCGGACGAGCGAGGUCCGGCCUGAGCUCCUGCAGGGAACCUUUAAGUGCCUCGAAUGUGGAGGAGUCAUUAAGAAUGUAGAACAGCAGUACAAGUACACUGAGCCUAUUAUAUGCAUGAAUGCUACAUGUGCAUCGCGGAAUAAUUGGGCGUUGCUUCGGCAAGAGAGCAAGUUCACAGAUUGGCAGAGGGUAAGAAUGCAGGAGACUUCUAAUGAAAUACCUGCCGGGUCUCUUCCUCGUUCCUUGGAUGUUAUUCUGCGGCAUGAGAUUGUUGAGAAGGCAAGGGCUGGAGACACUGUUAUCUUCACAGGCUCUUUGGUUGCUGUGCCGGAUGUAAUGGCGUUGACCUCACCCGGUGAAAGAGCAGAAUGCAGGCGUGAAGCUCCUCAGCGUCAGAACAUAACUAGUGGUCAUGGAGGUGUCAAAGGUCUUAAAUCUUUGGGCGUGAGGGAUCUGUCAUAUCGCCUUGCUUUCAUUGCAAACUCAGUGCAGAUAGCGGAUGGUAGAGGGGAUGGAGACAUUAGAGACAGGAAGAUGGACAUUGAUGAUAGUGAUAAACAGGAGUUCACACCAGAAGAAGAAGAAGAGGUGAUGCAGAUGAGGGACACCCCUGAUUUUUUCAAUAAAUUAGUUGAUAGCAUAUGCCCCACAGUUUUUGGCCAUCAAGAAAUAAAGCGAGCCGUUCUUCUUAUGCUAGUAGGCGGCGUUCACAAGUUAACCCAUGAAGGAAUUAACCUUAGAGGUGAUAUCAAUGUCUGCAUAGUAGGAGAUCCGAGCUGUGCAAAGUCUCAGUUUCUGAAGUACACUGUUGGUCUCGUAUCCCGAUCUGUUUAUACAUCUGGCAAAUCCUCUUCGGCUGCUGGUCUAACGGCAACAGUGGCGAAGGAGCCCGAGACUGGGGAAUUCUGUAUUGAGGCUGGAGCUUUAAUGCUUGCAGACAAUGGUAUAUGCUGCAUAGAUGAAUUUGAUAAAAUGGACAUCAAGGACCAGGUUGCUAUACAUGAAGCAAUGGAGCAGCAGACUAUAAGCAUCACAAAAGCAGGCAUACAAGCUACACUAAAUGCAAGAACAUCAAUUUUGGCAGCAGCAAAUCCAGCUGGAGGGCGGUAUGACAAGUCAAAACCUCUCAAGUAUAAUGUGGCUCUUCCUCCUGCUAUUCUCUCACGUUUUGAUCUGGUGUACAUAAUGAUUGAUGAUCCAGACGAGAACACAGAUUAUCACAUUGCCCAUCACAUUGUGAGAGUUCGUCAGAGGCGUGAGGAUGCGCUUGCUCCUGCAUUCACGACUGCACAGUUGAAGCGAUAUAUAGCUUAUGCCAAGUCUAUAAAACCUCAGCUUAGUUCAGAAGCAAGAAAGGUACUCGUACAAUCAUAUGUAGCACUGCGGAGAGGUGAUAGUACACCUGGAACCAGAGUUGCUUACCGAAUGACAGUUAGGCAGCUCGAGGCAUUGAUCAGGCUUUCUGAAGCCAUUGCUAGGAGCCAUUUGGAGAAAGUGGUUCUUCCAGCCCAUGUUCGCAUGGCAGUAAAACUACUAAAAACAUCCAUCAUCAGUGUUGAAUCGAGUGAGAUUGAUCUUUCUGAUUUUCAAGAGAAUGAAGAUAGUACUCCAGAGAGAGUUCCUGACCAAGAUGCUAAUCUGCCAGCGCCUGAAGAGAAUAUUCAAGCACCUGACAAAGAAGGUCACGAACAACAAUCUGACAGUCAUCAGAAAAAGAAACUUGUUAUCACCGAGGAGCAUUUUCAGAGAGUUACUCAAGCUCUUAUUAUGUGCUUACGACAGCAUGAGGAAUCAGUUUCCCGGGAAGGAAGUGGUUUAGCAGGAAUGAAGCAAGGAGAUCUAAUUAUAUGGUAUGUAGAGCGGCAGAAUGCUCAAGGUGCUUAUGAGAACACUGACGAGGUGCGUGAGGAGGUUAAGUGCAUCAAAGCCAUAAUUGAGAGAUUGAUACAAAGGGAAGGUCAUCUGAUUGUCAUUGAUGAUGGAGAAGCAGCAGCUUCUGCUGAGGGUGAUGGGCAAGCAAAAAGAUCAUCAAGUGAGAAUCGAAUUAUAGCAGUGGCACCAAAUUAUGUUAUUGAUUAGAAACCGACACUGCCGCCUCUGCAUCUGUUAAAUUUCUGUAUGCAGAAGGUUUAAUCCAAGUCUUCAUUUUGUACUAACUUUUUAGUGUCUAAUUGCUUUAUAAGAUUUGGAGGGAAAAAACAAGUUUAUAUUCAUUUUUCAAGUUUUUUUUUCCUAGAUAAAUAUGCCAUGAGCAAAAGUAAGUUUUUCAUGAUGAAAAUAAUAUAAAAAAGAUUUAUGAUUUAAA